UAAGCUUUAAAUGAUACCUAAUAAUGCUCUCCAUCAUCACAGCAUAAUGUUUACCUAUAGUCUGGUCAGUACAUUGAUUUUUCUUUUCCAUCUCUCAGUAAAAUGAUGAGGCCAACAUCUAGAGCAGCCUUUCUCAACCAGUGUGCCCAGGAACCCUGGGGGGUGCCUUGGCAAAAUGUCUAAAAAUUGGUCAAAACUUGUAUACAAGCCAGCGGGUGGAACAAGCCUGCCUUUUAGUUACACAAAGCCACAGUUUUUCAUUGUGCACCAUUACAACCUUCUAGCUGCUGGCGUCCUGACAACCAAUGACAUCAUCAGUUGA